AUGGCAGGGCAGUUGUUCCUGCCUUAUGUUCCUGACAGAGCUGGAUACUAUUUUGGGUCUCCAGAGACCUAUCACCAGAAGCUGGAGAGAGAGGCCCGGAUCUGCCGUCUCCUGAAGCAUUCCAACAUCGUUCGUCUCCAUGACAGCAUUUCCGAGGAAGGCUUCCACUACCUCGUGUUUGAUCUGGUCACUGGUGGAGAGCUCUUUGAAGACAUUGUGGCAAGAGAGUACUACAGUGAAGCUGAUGCCAGUCAUUGCAUCCAGCAGAUCCUGGAGGCUGUUCUCCAUUGCCACCAAAUGGGGGUCGUCCACAGAGACCUCAAGCCAGAGAACCUCCUCUUGGCCAGUAAAUGCAAAGGAGCCGCAGUGAAACUUGCAGAUUUUGGCCUGGCCAUCGAGGUGCAGGGGGACCAGCAGGCAUGGUUUGGUUUUGCAGGCACUCCUGGCUACCUGUCCCCAGAGGUUCUGCGCAAAGAGGCUUAUGGCAAGCCUGUGGAUAUCUGGGCUUGUGGUGUGAUCCUCUACAUUCUGCUUGUGGGCUACCCCCCAUUCUGGGAUGAAGACCAACACAAACUUUAUCAGCAGAUCAAGGCUGGAGCUUAUGAUUUCCCAUCCCCUGAGUGGGAUACUGUCACUCCUGAAGCCAAAAACCUUAUCAACCAGAUGUUAACCAUCAACCCUGCCAAAAGGAUCACAGCUCAUGAGGCCCUGAAACACCCAUGGGUCUGCCAACGCUCAACCGUGGCCUCCAUGAUGCACAGGCAGGAGACUGUGGAGUGUCUGAAGAAAUUCAAUGCCAGGAGAAAGCUCAAGGGGGCAAUCCUUACCACUAUGCUGGCAACACGAAACUUCUCAGUGGGCAGACAGACCACCGCUCCGGCCACUAUGUCAGCUGCGGCCUCCGGUGCCACCAUGGGGUUGGUGGAACAAGCUAAGAGCUUACUGAAUAAGAAGGCCGAUGGAGUCAAGCCCCAGACGAACAGCACCAAAAACAGCGCGGGAGCCACCAGCCCCAAAGGGACGCUCCCUCCUGCUGCCCUGGAGCCUCAAACCACCGUUAUCCAUAACCCAGUGGACGGGAUUAAGGAAUCAUCAGACAGCACCAACACCACUAUAGAGGAUGAAGACACCAAAGUCCCCAGGAUCUCUGAUAUUCUAAGCUCGGUGAGGAGGGGUUCAGGGCCCCCGGAAGCUGAGGGGCCCCAGCCUGCCAUGCCCCAGCCAUGUCCGUCUCCAUCUCUCCUAAGCUCCUUGCCUGUCCUGUCCCCCAGGAUCUCUGACAUUCUAAGCCCAGUGAGGAGGGGUUCAGGACCCCUGGAAGCUGAUGGGCCACAACUGGCUGUCCCCCAGCCUUGUCCGUCUCCGACUUUCAUGAACCCCCUGCCAUUCCCAUCCCCCAGGAUCUCUGACAUUCUAAGCCCAGUGAGGAGGGGUUCAGGGACACCGGACGCUGAGGGGCCCCAGCCAGCUGUGCCCCAGUCCUGUCCAUCUCCAUCUCUCCUAAGCCCCCUGCCCACCUCGUCUCGCAAGCAAGAAAUCAUCAAGAUCACAGAGCAGCUGAUAGAGGCCGUCAAUAACGGGGACUUUGAGGCCUAUGCGAAAAUCUGUGACCCAGGCCUGACCUCAUUUGAGCCUGAAGCUCUUGGCAACCUCGUAGAAGGGAUGGACUUCCACAGAUUCUACUUUGAGAACUUGCUAGCCAAGAACAGCAAACCUAUCCACACCACCAUCCUGAACCCUCACGUGCAUGUUAUCGGUGAGGACGCUGCCUGUAUCGCCUACAUCCGUCUCACGCAGUACAUUGAUGGGCAGGGCCGACCCCGCACCAGCCAGUCAGAGGAGACCCGCGUCUGGCACCGCCGUGAUGGCAAGUGGCAGAAUGUCCACUUCCACUGUUCAGGUGCACCUGUGGCCCCGCUGCAGUGAAGAACCAGCCCAUCCUUUUGUGGUUUCAUCCUGACGGAGACGGUGAUUGGAGCGGAGCCGCCACUCGCUGGGUGGUAGCGCCCGCCGCGUCAGCAUGCUCGUGUCUGCCUCGUCCCUCCCUCCCCUGGUGCCUGUGUCUGCAGAAAACAAGACCAGAUGUGAUUUCUUUUUAAAAAACAAACAAACAUACAAACAAACAAACAACCGGCAACGACUACAACAACAAAAAGCAA